CUAUAAACAUCCUGUUUAAUUGAAUUUAUGCAGCAUGUCUGACAACUGUGAAGAGAGAACGUACUAUCACAGGACUCUUUGUAUGUACAUGGACCUCACAAAAGAAACACUUUUAAAAUUGUUCAGAUAUCUAAUACAAAGUGAGGAUAUUACUCGAUUCUUGACUUCUGUUGAUACGAUUAGCAAACUUUUUGACUUAUUUAAGAAUGGCACUCUUAACAAGACUGAAUAUAAUCUAGUUCGUUCAAGCUGGCCAGAUCCAGAGAAAUUUGAUAUUGCACUGCUGUUAAGGCUCAUAAUAGAAUUAUGCAGAAAUGUAAUCACUGAGCCACAACUUGGGUGGAAAGGAAAACUACAACCUAAAGAUGAGUCUCUGGGAGCUGAUCUUAUCCGUUUAAGAGAUGUAAGGAACAAACUAAUCGGGCAUCGAGCAGAGGCAAAACUGUCUAAAGCUGAGUAUGAAAAGAUAUGGGAUAAGGUGCAAGCAGUUUUAGUGAGGGUGGUUGAAAUGGUUGAACCAGAGUCUAAGAAUGAAUUUGUUACGAAACUUGACGGGUACAAGCAAUAUAAACUAGAUACAGAGCGAACGAAGGUGAAGCGGUAUCUGGAUGAAUUGUCUGAGUACAAACAAGAUGUCGAGAAGCUUCAAAAUAAGGUUGAAGAGUUAAGCGAGAAGGCAAAAGAAUUUCAUGUAUACUUUGAAAGAACACCUGAGCGAUAUGUGCGAUAUCUCAAGCAACUUUUCGAUGGCGGGCGCCUUGUUUUGUGUGGUGUGUUCGAAAGGGAGUUGCAAAAAUAUGGCAAGGGUCUGAAUUCUCUAGUUUCUGAAAAUCGGGAAAUACUUCAGUUUAACUUUGAUAAAGAAUAUCAAAGUUUCCUCUUCCCGUCAGAGUCAAAUGAAAUAAAUUAUACCAGUUGGGAUGUUGGUUUUCUCGCAUCUGUGAUUUUGCUCGUAUUUACAGAUAUAAAUGCAGGUGACAUACACAACAUAGAGCAAAUCAAACACGCAAGGCUCAGUUAUGCAGAACAAGCAUUUAUUUGUUUAGACGCAGACAAGUUUCUCCUUAUUUGGACAGAUUUGAUCAGUAGCUUAAAACAUCUUUCAAUGAAUAUCGACGAAGAGAAGAAACUUCAAGUUGAGAACUUCAUUGACCUUUACAAGAAGAAAUCUGAUGGUGGUGAUGCGGAUGAGUAUUUAGAUCAACUGAGGAAAUGUGGUGUGCCCGUAAAGACACUAAAAGACAUUUACAGGGAGACCGUUUAUCAACUGAGACAAAUGACGAUGCAAUUAGACGAGAAAGGAAUAGAAUUUAAGAAACCCCUUGUUUUAAAACUAAAACUAUUGACGACUUGUCACAACGAAGAAAAUAAAAAACACGCAGAAGAUUUCCUUGAAACACAUUUAGAAGCCUCCCUCCAUGGGUCAGAUCAACAAAACACAUUCAUAGGGAUUGAAACAGACGAUUUUGUUUCAAGCAUAACUACACAUCCAGAUGUAGCAUUGACUGGAAUACAAAGAGGUUGCAUUAUUUUGUCAUUCGCAAGCUCAACACCUGGUGGACUAUUGCAUCUUUUAGACUACUUUCAUAGUCAACACUUCAAUGAAAGACUUCAUAACAUCUCAAACGAAUUGUAUUAUUUGUAUGAAGUGGCGUUUUUGUUGCAAGGAUACGUCACACUUGAAAGCCUUUCAAGUGCUCAUACUGUCGUUUGUGUUGCAGGGUCUAAGGAAAACAAGUCUGAAAACGGAUUGAGUCUUCCACUGAAAUGUUUUUCUGUAGAGGGAUUAAGGCAUGUAUUAACAACUUUGAAAAGUGACCAGACAACCAACAGACUUAAUAGUAUUGCCGACAAGAUAUCAGCUGAGCUAAAGGAAACUGUUACAAUAACUGUUUUCCCUGAUUUGCUAUCGUUCAGAGACGUAUUUGAAAAAACAGAUUCAGAAGCUACAGUUUCACGUGGCAAUUAUGAAGACGAAUCUGUUGAUAGAUAUCCUGAACAGGAAAAUCGAAGUACCGACACAGUCAAAGACUCACUCGAACAGCUAUCGGUAUCAAGUGUAUCACCAGAAAGUACGUUUGUGGAUGAAGAUUCUUCAGUACUCCUUCGGGCAAACCUCAAAACAUCUCACCAGAAAGACAAAGAACAAUCAAUGGAACCAAUACCUAAGGAGGGUGAAAGGCAUUCGCUUUAUCGGUUUCAAGCACCUCGAGAGCUCGAGACUGAUCAUUCUGGGAAGGAAUUUGAGGAUAAAAUAGAACUAGAUGACAAUGGCCGUCUUCGACGCGUGUUGUCGCUGGCAGCUGAUGAAGAUGACGGCCCUGAUAAAUUUUUAUUUCAAGAGCCUUCUAUGAGAUAUCGACUAUUUAACAGUGGCAGAGUUCAGAGACACUCUGAACCUGUAAUAGGAGUAACUGAAGAGAGAGAAUCACGGGAGGCGAUGUCCAAAUUUGCACAAGGGUUCUUUAAAGCCAGUUCAUCUGAAAAGCAAUUUGAUAGAUCACUUGAGACAGUGGAAAAGUAUUUUCAAGAGAUGAUGACAAACGCCUCAAAUGUCACCGAAGAAAAACUUAAAGGUUUUAAAGCCUGUAUUAAAUACUUGUUUCAUUUACAAAAUGACGAAACACAAGUGGAAACAGAAAGCUUUGCGUUUUUACCAUACAUUUAUCCGAAUCAACAGCGACAAAGGAUAGAAAAUAAAAGAAGUAGACUUGAACGACUACAAAAGGACUUCACUAUUUUCAAACGAGGCCUUAUGAUGAAAGUCGUUUCAGAGGAUGAGCUCUACAUAGCAAACAGACAAGCAUACCUCAAAACAUCUCUCCAGAAAGACAAAGAGCAAUCUGUAGAACCAGCACCUCAGGACUUUGAAAGGCAUCGGCACUAUCGGUUUCAAGCACUUGGGGAGCUCGGGACCGAUCAAUCUGAGGAUGAUUUUCAGAAUGAAAUUGAACCAGAUGAAUAUGACCGUCCUCGAAGCGUAUUGUCACCGACAAAUGAUGAGGUUGGCGACUAUGAUAAGUUUUUAUUUCAACGGCUUUCUUCGGGAUAUCGACAGUCUGAAUCUGUUAUAGAAAUGACUGAAGACAGGGAAUCUCAUGAGACGAUGUCAAAAUUUGCAUUAGGUUUGCUUAAAACCAGUCUAUCCGUAAAGGACUUCGAUAAAUCAUUAGAGAUAGCAGAAAAGUAUUUUCAAGAGACUGUAAAAUACGCAUCCAAUAUUACGGAAGAAGAACUGAAAGCUUUUAACGGCCAAAUUGAAGACUUGUUUCAUUUACACAAUGACGAAACACACGUGGAAACAGAAAUCUCUGGGGUUUUUUCAUGCUUUUAUCCGAAUCAACAGCGACAAAGGAUAGAAAAUAAAAGAAGUAGACUUGAACGACUACGAAAGGAUUUUACUAUUCUCAAACGAGGCCUAAAGAUGAAAAUCGUUUCGGAGGAUGAGCUCUACAUAACAAAACAACAAGAAAACCUCAAAACAUCUUCCCAGAAAGACAAAGAACAAUCAAUGGAACAAACACCUAAGGACAUUGAAAGACAUCGGUUUCAAGCAUUUCGUGAGCUCGGGACUGAACAAUCUGAGGAUGAUUUUGAGGAUGAAAUGGAACCAGAUGACUAUGAUCGUCUUCGAAGCAUAUUGUCACUACAAAAUGAUGAGGAGGGAGACUCUGAUAAGAUUUUAUCUCCAAGGUUUUCUAUGAGAAAUCGACGUUCUGAACCUGUCAUAGAAAUGACUGAAGACAGGAAAUCACAGGAGAAGAGGUCCAAAUUUGCACUACGGUUUUUCAAAACCAGUCCAUCUGGAAAAGAUUUUGAUAAAUCAUUUGAGACAGCAGAAAAGUAUUUUCAAGAGAUGGUGAAAAAUGCCUCAACUGUAACGGAGAAAGAACUGAUAGCUUUUAAAGCCCGUAUUGAAGAUUUGUUUCAUUUACAAAAUGACGAAACUCAAGUGGAAACAGAACGCUUUGCGUUUUUACCAUACAUUUAUCAGAAUCAACAACGACAAAGGAUAGAAGAUAAAAGAAGUAGACUUGAACGACUACGAAAGGACUUUACUACUUUCAAACAAAAACUGAUGAUGAAAGUUGUUUCGGAGGAUGAACUCUACAUACAAGAAAAGCAAGAAUUAAGAGAUUACCUGAUUAAAACGUACAAGAACAAGUUUGCAGAAGGAGUAUACCGCAGACAGGCAGUUGUUCGUCGAUUUCCGCAAUUACAUACACAGACGCCAGGCUGUUUACAGACCCGAGGCUGCAACCUUACAUGUAGCGAUGUUUCCUUUAAAACAUGCAGGAAAUGUAAGAAUAUCUGUGUCAUUGGUGAAGAGAGAUUGGCAACAUCAUUUUGUUUGAACCUUGUUACCGACUGGUGCGACGAGAAGUCCUCCGGUGAAGGAUUGCAAGGAUAUAUGUGUCAUGAAUGUGAAUGCAAACUUAGUGUCAAGGAAUUCGAGUUCGUUUUGAUGAUAUCACUUUGUGAUGUGGGAAAAGAAGUUUUUAUUCCUAACAUGGUCAAGAAGUAUCUUCUCAAAAGUGAAUACAAAGACAUCUUUGAAAAAGUUAUAGAACGAGAGUCUGAAAAGUGUCUGAUACUUCUCGAUGGAUUAAGUCAGUGGGGCGCAAAAAGCUGGUCUCAUUUGAAUAUGCUAGAAAGAAAUUUGAUGGAUGACUAUGUAGUUCUCACUACAGCAAGCCGUUGGGAAAGAACAGAAUAUACUGGUCAAGUAUUUUAUUUGAUAUAGUAAUUCUAAACAGUUUUGACUUGGGCUUAUUAAAAUAUGUUGCAUAUUGAUUACUCUGAAAACUGAAAACUGCAACUGUUUGUUCACAUUAAUGCCAUUUUCAAGAGAUGCAAAAAUAAUAACUAUAUGCCCUGAAGUUUUUUUACGGACAACUUUGUACAUUCACAGUAGAAGAAAGCCAAAGAGAAAUGCAAAAACAUUUUGCAUAAAAGAAAACUAUGUCUGUGUUACAGAAUCUCAAGGCAUUGUCAACCCUGUAGAUUAUAUUCGACAAUAAAUUUCAUUUUUGGUCUUUACACAUAAGAUACUUGAAAAUAAAGUAUAUAGAAACGGAUUCCAAUAAAAGUUUGCAUAGCGACAUAAAAAGACAUAUAAAUGCAGCAAAGAGGAAAAGGGUACUUUCAGACAAGUUGUGUCAAGAUAGUAUAUAAUCGUAAAGAAUGUAAAUUACAGUUCUAGUGUUGGUAUAAUGAACAUAAAAAUAUGUAAUGAACCUUAGAAAUAACCAUUCUGAUCAGUCAAUUUUUCCGAGGAGGCCUGCCCCCGGACUCCACUAGAAACUCUACUCCAGCCUCGCUAAAUCAAAAUCCUAGAUCCGGAAUACUCCGUGUUGUUUUUUUUUCCACAUUUUGAUGUAUUCAGCAUACUAAUAAAAUACGUGUAAACGAACUUUUAGUUAAAGCUAGAAAAUCGAGACUUUAUACAUGUGUCUGACUACUGGUUAUUAUUUCUUUUUAUGCGACAAAGGAGUCAACUCAAGGCAUUAUUUAUCACAGAAUACAGUUUGAGCCGGUGCUUUGGAAGGUGAAAUGCUAUCUGUCAUGAACAGACACAUUCAGACCAAGUUUGCUAUUAUUUUACUUUGUUGCGUUCUGUGUUUCGAAGGAUAAACUCACAGAGUUUAUUUGGAUAUGUGCAUAAAUGUAUUAAUAGCAAGAAUAUGUGAUUCAUUCUGUUUAAAAGUGUUUCAUUCUAUUAAAUGAUGAUUGUUUUUAGCGUGGAUAAGUUUUAUUAACACUUUCCUGAAAAUGUUUAACAUGAUGGGGAUUAAGAGUGAGGUUUUAUUCACACUGUAGCGGUUUAUGUGUGUGUGUGAUAUCUGGGCUUUCUAUGUUUAUUUGUAAAUCUGUAUUGUAUAUGCCGAUUUGCCAGUAAAUCUGCCAAAGAAUCUGACACUGACACUGAAACUGAUAAAAACUGAAAAUCAUUCUGCUGCUUUUUUUUAAAUUUCUCUUUGAUUGAACAGAUUCAUCUUGUUUUUCCUUGACAAUGAAUAUUCUUUUUAGAACUGAUAUUUUUAAAAAUAUUUUACGUCAAACUAAGAUAAAGUAUGAUAUCUAAGUUCCACUCGCAUUAAUAUAAUUGUUAAAACAGUUAACUACCACUGCUAGUAAUACAAAAUAUAUUCCUAUUAGGUUUAUGUUUUAUUUUUCGGCGGUAGGCAAUCACUCAACUAAUGAUUUACAAUUUAUAUUUUGCCAAUUGCAUUGUAAACUUUAUAUGUUUUUCGAGAUGUUAUUAUUUACAUUUAUUGGGUUAUACAAUGAUUGUAAUAUUUAUAUGCUGAACAAUUACAUUCACUAUAUGUUUACAUAGGAGAAAAACAUUUUUAUCAUAUGAACAAAAUCGGUUCAGUAAUAUCAAAAAUAGUCCUUUCUAUCAAACUGCACGUGCAAUCUGAUGUAAUUCACAAAAAGGAUGAAAAAAAUUGUGUCGUUCGAAAACACGUUCAAGUAAAACUUCAAAUCAUAACUAAAAGUAAAUUUUCUGACCUUAAAGAUCAAAAUCUAAUCGACACGACAACAUGAUUUUUCCUGCGUUUAAGGAUAUUUUAAAUGAAAUCAGAAAUUUUAAUUUCAUAAGAGCGCGUAUUAUUAGUUCACAUGUGCGGGUCAUUUUCCUGUUCUAUUUAAAGGUAAAAAAAGAUCGAUAUCCUGACAUUUAUUUUGAUCUUCUGAUACUCAUGGAUAUCAAAUCACAUACGUUUUAGCAAGCAACUCUAAGGAUUGAAUGCUACUUUGGUGCGUUUCGACUAUGGCGUGUAAUGUGUUGCAAUAUUAUAUCUUCUAUAAUUAUUGUUUAUCUUUAUAUAUUCAUCCAAUGUCUUAAAAUAUUUAUUGUAAAACAGAAAUAUUUUUUUCAAUGUUUCAUAUAUUUGUUCUAUCUUUUGAAAUAUUUAUUGUAAAACUAAAGCAAAAUCUGCAAUCUGACAA